CUUCUGUUGCAGUUAGGAUAGAUCCUUGAACCCUGAGCACGUGCUGUUUACGCGUUUGUAAUCCAUUGAACUGUUUGUGCUGCUUUCUUACUGCUAGUGAAAAGUGUUAGAACUGUGGUUUACUAGGCCUUUUUGCAGAGUAAUAUUAUUCUAACUUUAAGGUUCCACUGAGUAUUUUCACACAACUUCUAGUACGUUGAUUAUUUUUGGCAGCGAUGCAAGAAUGCUUAUUUCGGUGGACCCCUACCGACAUGACAUGAUAAUUGCUUCAACCCUGACUAAAAUAGUAUUCGUUGUUCUUGUGACCAGUUUAGUUAAGAGUUCACAAGAUCUUAUAAGUGGAAAAUUGAUCGUCCAACAAGAUGGUAAAACUAACCAGAGUAGUAUAGUUUCUACCGAUGUAAAUACCACGCUGGUCUUGGUACUAAAUGACGUCAAUAGGCAUUUACAAACAGCGAAGUUAUCAUUUACCUGGACAAUAGAGGACAAACCAUUUGUGGAUGUAGGUUCAAACUUAAGCUACGUAUUUAGCACUCCAGGUAACCAUACUGUCCAUGUCGUCGUUGUUGCAAAGUUACCACCUCGUGGGGACCCAAAAGAUUCCAACUACAGUGAUGAUGAUGAUAUGUUCAUGUGGGGAUUCUUCAGUGAGCAAAUAGUUGCGAAAGCACCUAUUUAUAACGUCAACGUUAGUGGAAAUGUGUAUUUACAUGAAGAGGACAUACUGGAACUGAAAGUGAUUUGUAGUGGCAGUGGACCGUACGAGUUCUGUUGGGAAGUGCUGGACACAAAACAACCAAACUCGAGCGAAAGGUGCAGAUACCAUUCGACUAAUCACAAUUGUUCCUUCCCUGUAACGCACGUUUUCCCUCGACCAGGUUUUUAUCGUAUAAGGCUCUUCCUGUCAAACGGCGUGGACCGUCGAGUAGAAAACAUUGACGUGAACGUUAGCAUCUCUAUCAGGACCAGAAGUUUUGCACCAAUUGUGAUAUCAGUCGUUUGUUUGUUUCUACUGGUGGCAUUCAUCAUCAUUUUCGUCGUAAAUCAUCAUUAUCAGCUAAAAAAGAAAAGGAAAUUGAUAGAAGUUGCUGAUUUUGAUUUUCAAAGUUCCAUUAUGUUGAUUAAAAGAUCGUUAUUUCGAACUCUUCAUCCAUCAUAUAUGAGCUUGUCUUGACAAGGCAAUAAUCAGAUGUACGUUAUCUGUUUAUCGAGUUGUUCAAAGGUUACACUUUCUAUUGGUAAUUGCGAGAUUCGACAGAGUCAAAGAGAUGUAAUAAAUGUAUAUCUUUAAGA